AUGACACCCGGCUCGCCAUCGAAAUAUACAGAUUACUUCCACCAACCACGACGACGGACUCAUGUUGUCCGCAUACUUGCAAUUUCUCUUGCGAUCGUACUUUGCUAUCUCGUUGCGACACGUGGGCCGGACUCGCCAGAAUGGGUACCCACAACCAUACAAGACAAAGUAAUCUUUGGUGACCACGCUGAGAAACCUGUCAGCGAGGUGACGCCGCCGCGUGGCUACAGUGAUACGGAAAGUGGAAGGUGGACCGAGCCCGUCGAGGAGGAAGCCGAGGUUGAAUCNGGACAAUGGAAAGAGAUGGAACAUACUGUCGAUCGUGUUGAAGGAGAUGAAGAGGCCGAGUACGAGAAACUCAAGGACUCGCAGACCGACGACAAAUAUUCCGAGUCGAAAGAAGGCUCUGAUCAUGUAUCAGCGAGCGGCAUUGACGACGAGUUUGCUGGAGAGCCAUCGCAUCAGACUGAAACUACAUCAUCUGUUGCUCACAGCACCGGCCUUGGAGAGAAGUACACCUUCCAAGAGGCUCUCAANAAUGUUCUCCACAUGGUUCCAGACCAAGAUCACACUCGCGAGUUCCUAAGCCCACUCGAGGGCGGUGGUCAGGAUCGUUUGAAAGAGCUAGGUAUCAGAACCAGGGUUUUCCACAAAUUCUUCACCAUCUGGGAGACACUUCAUAUUGUUGCUGACACCAACGUGACUUAUGUUCGCGACGAUGUCAUCAGCUACCUAGAAAGCGCCCCUGAGAAAGAGCUUGCUGAAGUCUCGGAGCUGAAACGCGGAGAUAUCAUCAGAGCCUACGAAAGGUACAGAGCCCUCUUGGUAAAACUGUCGAACACUCUGUUCCCGUACACCUUUCCUUACUUUGCGGACCAUCUCACACUUCAUGCGCACCUCCGCAAUGGUGGCCGUGGUAUCGUUCUCUCUGGCAACGACAAGCAAGCUCCCCUCAUCCUGACUUCGAUCAUGUCUUUCCGCAAGCUGGGGUGUAAUCUGCCAGUCGAGAUCAUGUACCUGGGCGAGAACAGUCUCAACGAUGACUGGAGAACGAAGUUUGAGUCUAUCCCUGGCGUUAUCACCCGCGACUUGAGCCAGAUGGUUUCCGAUGAGGAUUGGGAGCUCAAGGCAUCAGCAUCAAAGGCAUUUGCUCUGCUCAUGUCUAGCUUCCGCGAGGUAAUUUACCUCGAUGCCGAUACGUUGUUCUUCAUCAACCCUGCAGAUCUGUUCGAAGAUCCUGGCUAUGUUGAAACCGGCGCUUUGUUCUUCCGCGACAGGGUUUAUGCUCCCUCUUCUCGCAAGCAGUGGCUCAAAGACAUUCUUCCCAAGCCGAUCUCGAAGAAAGCACAGACUUCCCGCUACUGGACUUGUGAGAGUCGUGAACAGCAGGACUCUGGCUGUCUUGUCGUCGACAAGUGGCGUCACUUUGUUGCUAUGUUGACGGUCACCCGUAUGAAUGGUCCUGACCGGGAUGACAAUGCCAAGACUGGUGCUAAGGGUGUCUACUCGCUAUUUUAUGGCGACAAGGAGACUUUCUGGCUUGGUUGGGAGCUUGCUGGAGAUACCGAUUACUGGUUCAACGAAGGUGCCGCUGGCAGCAUGGGUGUUCUGUCAGAUCACGUCUACUACAAGCUGAUCGAUGGCAAAGCAGAAGUUGUCAAGGACUACCAACCUCCGGUGUCACAGUCAACCCACGAGCAGGACGCAGCACUCGAGGGCAAAUCGAGCGAAGGUGCAGAGACCAAGAAAGAGGGCUCACUCGCAAAGCGCGAUGACCAAGUUCACGAACUUUACACAGUCUCUUCACCACAACUCCUGCACUUAGACCUCAAUAACCGACCUUUAUGGUUUAGUGGCUGGAUUCUCGACGAUAAGUACGAAGAAAACAAGGACAUCAAUGUGAGCACCUGGAAUGUCUACCUCUCAGAAGCAAAGGAAACACAUGAGGCUGCAGAGUGGAGAGUUGGAGGACACAACAUGGCGACACUGAAAAGCAACAAAGCAUACAAGUUUACACAGAAGGAAAAAGAUGUGCUCAAGAUGAUUGUGGAAACUGCGAGGGAAAAUGGGGCUUUGAAGCCUGGACAGUAA